CUCGAUUAUCAUAACUAAAAUAGAAUAUUAUUUUACUUCAGAGCAGCAACUAAAUUCAAAUAUAGGUGGAUUAGUAAAAUUUUAACAGUAAAUAUAAGCCUAUGCCCCAAUAGUAAAUUUAUUGGGUGAAAGUUACAGUAGCGAAACAAUUAAAUUAAAAAAAGAAGUAAAAUCCAUCUUUGAGAAGAAGGGAUAACUACUGCCAAACCGGCAAUUGCUGUUGUUUGGAGUUGACAGCUGAUAGUAGAAACAUGGCUUCAAGUUUGAGGACGAUACUGUUUAGUGCGAGGUUUUUAAAGCCAACACAUACUUAUAUGGCAUGUCACAACUAUAUUCACGAUCUGAAAUGUAAAAAGUUACUCAUACAAGAAUUUGGAGACCCAUUAAAAGUGGUCCAAUCUACUGUAGAGAAUAUAGAUGGACCCAAAGAAGAUGAGGUACUUGUGCAAAUGUUAGUCGCAUCAAUCAACCCAGCUGAUAUCAAUACCAUUCAGGGAACAUACCCUGUUAAACCAGAACUACCUGGUGUGCCUGGUCAUGAAGGGGUCGGAAAAAUUGUAGAGGUUGGAAAUAAAGUGAAAGAUUUAACAGUAGGUGAUAUUGUGAUACCAAAUGUUGAAAAUUUUGGAACCUGGAGGUCGCAUACUGUUGUCAAAGCUGACUUGGUUUAUAAAAUCCCUAAUAAUGUACCAUUAGUGGAGGUAGCUGGAAUAGCAUCUAAUACGAGUACAGCUUAUCGGAUGUUGAAAGACUUUGUAGAUUUGCAGCCAGGAGAUUCCGUAAUUCAAAAUGGUGGAAACAGUGCUGCUGGACAAAAUGUGAUACAGUUUUGUAAAGCUUGGGGGCUUAAAUCGAUUAAUAUUGUACGUAGUCGUCCAGACAUCGAUAAACUUAAGGAGCAUCUUACUGGACUAGGGGCCUCAUAUGUUCUAACUGAAGAGGAGUUGAGGACAACUGAACUGAUUAAAUCAAAAGAAGUGCCCGCUCCAAAGCUUGCUUUGAACUGUGUUGGUGGAAAGAGUGCCAGUGAGUUGAUGAGAAAAUUGGCUCCAAAAGGUGUAAUAGUCACUUAUGGAGGGAUGUCUCGAGAACCUGUCAUAAUUCCUACGUCUCUUUUAAUUUUUAAGGAUAUAACUGCUAAAGGUUAUUGGAUGACAAGAUGGACGUCUGUCAAUCGCCAUAAUGAAGCAAGGAGGAAAAUGUUCGAUGAAAUAAUGGACUUGAUGAGAUCUGGGAAAAUCAAAGCUCCUGCUCAUAAGUUGGUUCCGUUCGAAAGCUACAAAGAAGCCCUUGAAAAUACAGCUACUUCGAAGGGCUUUGCCGGCGUCAAAUACAUUUUGGAUUUUAGAAGCAUCAUAUUUGGAGAUAAUACACGGCCAAUACCUAUAUUAAAUUGAAAUCUUGAUUAGAUUUUUAUCUGA